AUGCCUCUCUCCAACAAGAAACACAACGCCGCCCUGGCCGCUGAGCAGCAAAACCUCGCCGCGUCCGGCGCCGCAGGUGGAGCUUCCGCAAACGCCAACCUCCCCGGCCCGGCCCCGUUCACCGCCGGCCCGCAUCGCCACGACAUCAUGAACAAGCUCGAUCCCACCGUCGACAGCGGCACCGGCGGGAUGCAAGUUCUCACCUCGGGCGGCCACACAAACACUGCCGCAGCCGGAGUCCCCGGCCAGCCUCUCGGACAGGCGCCCGCUGCGGGCGGCGUCAUGGGCAGCAACAACCCGUACGGCGUCCAGCACAACUCCCGCAUGGCGAAUGCGCUGGAUCCCCGCGUCGACUUCAUCCAGGGCCAGCCCGGAGGCGCGAAUUACUACACAAAGGGCACAAAUGUCAUGCCCGGAGCUGCUGCUGCGCCGCGACAUGUUCCUGAGGGCACUUACGGCCCGCACAACUCCCGUCUAGCUAAUGCUGCGGAUCCACGAAUUGACUCUGAUGCAGACCGCCAUCGUGUUGGAGGAGUCGGGGCUGGAGCUGGAGCCGGAACUGGAGCUGGGACGGCUUCGCGGCCUAUUUACCCUCCUGGUGUGGCUGGACCAGCUCCCACGACGGCCGGGCCUCAUCGACAUGACAUUUUGAACAAGCUGGAUCCGAGUGUGGAUAGUCGAUCUGCCACCAAUGUUGACGCUACUGGCCGCAGACUCGUCUAA